AUGACUGAGCCAGAGGAGCAUGACGAAGACCUCUUCGCCGACCUCUACGAAGGCGAUGACACCCCAGCAAAGCCUGUCCAACCCGCGGCACCCGCCGCUCAGCCUCUUGUAGAGCCCGCAGAGCCCGUGCCGAGCGCGCCUCCAGCGGUCAAGCACGAAGAGCCACCACAGCCCGAGGAGGGAACCCAAAAUGGCCAGCAUGAUUAUUACCCAAAACACGAGCAGAGCGAUGUGCACAUGAAUGGCGGAUGGGGUGACGGUAACGCCCACCAUGCUGGUGGCGGAUCGUAUGACGAUAACUACGGACCCAUUGGUAUCAAAGAGGAUGGGUAG